UUGUGCAAAUAUGGAUAACGAUAAGAAUACCAUGCUCGCAGUUUUGCAGCUUUUGAAGAAGUACAAUUUUAAGGGAACUGAGGAAUUGUUCAGAAAAGAAGCUAAUCUUACUGAUAUUUCGAUUGAUGACUCUCAACAAUCUGAUUCUGAUGUAACCAGUGUCCUUUCUGCUUAUAAAAGCGAGGGAGAUCCUGCACAAUAUGAGAAAGCAUACAGUGAAUUGAAAAAAUUUGUAGAAGGAGCUUUGGAUAUUUAUAAGCAUGAGUUGGGAACCAUAUUAUAUCCAGUUUUGGUACACAUGUAUUUGGAAUUGGUUUACAAUAAUCAUUCCCAAGAGGCAAAACAACUCAUACAAAAAUUCAGUAGAAACUUAGAAGAGUAUUAUCAGGAUGACUUGAAAAGAUUAUCCAAUGUAACAAAACGGGAGCAAAUGGCAGGGAAUGAAUUAACCGAUACUUUUAAAUCCAAUCAGUUUAUAAUUAGAAUGUCGAGGGAUACCCUUUCGAUACUAAAACGACAUUUGCAAGAAAAGAAACAUAGUGUUUUAUUAAACAUCAUACAGGAGCAUCUUUACUUUGAUAUGUAUGAAGGUGUUGCUCGUAAUAAACAGCAGAUAGAAGCAACAUCUGGAGCUAUGGUAGGAGAGGCUACUAGGCAAGAUAACAAGGCCAAAGUCUAUUAUGGACUUUUAAAAGAACCUGAUAUUCAAUUGGAGACAAAUAAAGAAGAGGAAGAAGAUAAAGAAGGUGGCACAGAUGGUGAUAAACCAAAGAAGAAAAAGGCUAAGAAAGAUCCUUUGUUUUCAAAGAAGACAAAAUCUGAUCCAAAUGCACCAUCUGUGGGCAGAAUGCCAUUACCCAAUCUGAAAGAUGCAGAUAAACUGGAAAAAGUUAAGGCAUUGAGAGAAGCGAUAAAGAGAGUUGUCCUUGGACCUGACACAUUACCAUCUAUAUGUUUCUAUACUAUGUUAAACACUGUUUACACCGUAACAGCGGCAGAAAUAGCAGAGGACUCAAGUUUAUUAGCUACUGGAUUUAGUGAUUCUACUAUAAAAGUAUGGAGUUUAAUUCCACAAAAACUGAAAUUAAUGAAAACGGGUGAACCAUUACAAGACAUUAUUAGAGAAGCAGACGACGUAUUGGUUAGAAUGAUGGAUGAACGAACAUCUGAAACUACAAAAAACCUCUAUGGUCAUAGUGGGCCAAUUUAUAGUCUUUCAUUUAGUCCAGACAGAAAUCUUUUACUUUCGUCAUCAGAAGAUACCACAAUAAGGCUAUGGUCAUUGCACACUUGGACAUGUGUUGUCUGUUACAAAGGCCAUUUAUUUCCUGUGUGGUGCAUACGAUUCUCACCGCAUGGUUAUUACUUUUCAAGUGCCUCGAAUGACAAAACUGCCAGAUUAUGGGCGACUGACUCUCAUCAACCGUUACGAAUAUUUUCUGGCCAUUAUUCAGAUGUUGAUGUAGUUCAAUUUCAUCCAAAUUCGAAUUAUAUCGCGAGUGGUUCAAGCGAUAUGACUGUAAGAUUAUGGGAUUGUGUAACUGGCAAUCAAGUCCGAUUGAUGACUGGGCAUAAAGGACCGAUUUUUUCUUUAGCUUUCUCAACAGAAGGUCGCUUUUUAGCUUCAGCUGGAGCAGAUCAUCGAGUACUUGUAUGGGAUUUGGCACAUGGCCACCUUGUUGCAGCUUUAUCUGGCCAUACAGCUAAUAUUCAUUGUUUAUCGUUUAGUCGAGAUGGCAAUAUUCUAGUCUCAGGUUCCUUGGACUGUACAUUGAAAUUAUGGGAUUUUACAAAAUUAGCAGAAGAGAUGAGUUUGGAAGAUGUUAACGUUUCACACAAUCCAGAUGUAAAAACAAACUCGGAAUCUUACCUACUACGUACCUUCCCGACAAAAAAUACGUCUGUCCUAACGCUACAUUUUUCACGUAGAAAUUUAUUACUGGGUAUCGGCAUGUUUGAGUCAGCAUAGUCCACGAAAACUUU